AUGGCAACAUUAAUGAAUGAUUUACAACGAUAUUUGGAUGACUUCAAUGAAGCACCAAACACAUGUGAUUUGUUUGAAAAAUACGGUCGCAUUGUUCAAGGUUGGAACGUAGUUCUAACAAAUCAUAUCAAAAUUUGUCAAACACUCUUAUAUAAAAGUCGUUUGAAUGAUAUUAUACAAUACCAAUAUCAACUCUGUCGAUCGUUACUUGACCUAGUUAAGGAAAGCAAGAAUAAAAACUGGCAUAUUCCAAUUCUAAUCUUAACUUUGACUGAACUCCGUCUAUUAGCCAAUUAUUUUACCAAAUUUAUUACGAAUGAUCAUGACAAUAGUACAAAUACAGCUACUGAACGUAUUGCAGACCUAUCUAUUGAUAACGAUCGACAAACGUCGGAAGCAAAUGUGAACAAAACAAUCGAACUAUUAACUGAGGCAUUUCGUGUGUGUACAAGUGAUCGAUGUGCUGAGCAGCGUCUGUCGAAAAAAUGGGGUGCAAUACAAAUCUUAAAUCAAUUGCUUAAAUUAUGUCAUCGGAUAAAACGUUAUGAACUUGGCGAACAGUUACUUUCCUUCGCCGAACAAUCAUUAGAAUAUCGACAUUACCUGUUAGAAGAUCAGAAAAUGACUUAUGAGUACUUCUUAGGGAAAUCUUAUUUGUUGAAAGAUGAUUAUCGGAAAGCUAGUGAAUGUUUUGAUACAAAUUUCCAACGUUGUCCUCGAUUUAUGAAGAGAAAUAAAGCAUCGAUUUUAAUUCAUUUAUGUAUAUCGAAGAUGCAGUUUGGUUAUACACCAUCAUUAUCCAUCGUAGCGAAGUACAAACUAAAUGAAUUUCAUGAUUUACUUCUUGCAAUCAAACAAGGUCAAUUAUAUACGUUCGAUCAGCUAUUAAAGACGAUUCAUCAUAAAUAUUUCUUAUCCAAAGGUUUACUACUUCACGUGGAGACGUUAUAUCUACUUGUCGUGCGCAAUCUUUUCCGUCAAGUUUGGUUAGCGUUGAAUAAAGAGAACAAAAUUUCAAUUGAAAUAUUUACACGAGCAAUCGAGUGGAGCAAUCAUGGCGAAGCAUGUGAUCCAUUACAAUGUGCGACUCUAUUAGCAACGUUGAUUAGUCAAAGUCGUGUUAAAGCUUACAUAUCUUAUAAACAUAUGACCGUUGUCUUAAGUAAAGAAGAUCCAUUUCCUAAACUUCAAUAA